AUGCCUCCCAGUUUUGAUCCUAGCGUUUACACUGUGGGCUGGGUCUGCGCUAUCAAAGACGAGGUCACUGCUUCUCGAGCCUUCCUUGAUGAGGAACAUGAACAGCCUCGUAGACGGCAGAAUGAUAACAAUGUUUAUAUCGUUGGCCGAAUGGGGGAACACAAAGUGGUCAUCGCGUUUCCGGGAGCGGGCUCGUAUGGUGCAGAUGUCAUUGCUCAUACAGUGGCCCACAUGGUUCGCACAUUCAAAAAUAUACGGUUUGGCCUGAUGGUCGGCAUAGGCGGGGGGGCACCUUCGGAACCUGAUCCUAUAGACCCAUUGAAAGACAUUCGGCUGGGAGAUGUUAUUGUUAGUGAGCCAAACGAAAAGCACAGUGGGGUGUUGCAGUACGACAAAGGCCGAUGGGGAGAGAAUGGAGUGUUUGAAAUCAGAUCACAUCUGAAACGGCCUCCAAAAGAUCUGCUGGCCGCCAUGAACCUGCUGAAAUCAGACUAUGAUCACGGGAUGGGAAAGAUGAUCGAUUACUUCAAAGAUGUCAGCAGACAAUCGAGCAGGUUACGAACGUGGGGCUUCCACUUCCCUGGCCGCGAAUUGGACCGGCUAUACAAACCAAAUCACCCGCACACGGAGGGAUUGGACUGUUCAAGCUGCGGUACUGAGCACUUAGAAAAACGCCUUGAUCGUGAAACAGAUGAUCCUGCUGUACACUACGGUCUCAUUGCCUCCGCAAAUGCUGUCAUGAGGUCCGCGGUAUACCGCGAUCAUCUCCGAGAUACCUGGGGAGUGUGCUGUUUCGAGAUGGAAGCAGCGGGCCUUAUGAAUUACUUUCCUUGUUUAAUUAUUCGAGGAGUGGCAGACUACUCUGAUGACCAUAAAAAUGAUCAUUGGCAGCGAUAUGCAGCAGCCAUGGCGGCCGCGUACGCCAAAGAUCUCCUGCGAGUCAUACCACCUGAGAAUGUCGGCUGUACCGAAGUCACUCCUCAACCAAAGGAAGACUGCACCGGCCAGUGGUUAUUGAACUCGGACAAAUUCCAGUCCUGGUACCAGGCCAAAGGGCAAACGCUACUCUGUCUAGGCAUUCCUGGCGCAGGGAAGACAGUCAUGGCAGCUACCAUCAUUGAAUGUAUUACUACACACCGGCACGAGAACAAUCUGAGUCACGCGCUUGGAUAUGUGUCCUUCAGCUUCAACUUCAGAUUUCCAUCACAACAGAGAACCAGGAACAUUGUCGCGUCAAUUCUGAAGCAGCUUGCCCAACAAGACCGGCAACUGAUGCAGGGACUGCAGACUCUUUAUGGUCGACAUAGUACCAGCGGCACGCAACCGUCAACACGCGAGAUGGUCGAAAUUCUUUGUUCUAUGAGUAGUGAUAGGCAGGUAUACGUUGUUAUCGACGCUCUGGAUGAGUUCCAGAGUCCUAUGAAAGGACCGACGAAAUUCAUAUCGGAGCUUUUUCGAAUUCAGGAUGCUACUGGCCUAAAUAUACUCGCAACCUCACUUUUCGCCCCUGAGAUUCAGAAGAUGUUCAGGGAAAGGCAUGGCUGUUCUUCUCUGGAGAUACGUGCCACGGAUGAAGAUGUUCGAAGCUAUAUUCAAGGAAAUAACACUUCCCUGCCGUCCUUUGUUACGCAGGAUCAAGCAAUGAUGGACAAUAUCCUGGAGGAUGUUCCCCGGGCUGCUAGCGGAAUGUUUUAUUUUGCAAAGCUGUGCCUCGAUUCCUUGAGUGACCAAGUCUCACCCAAGCGGAUGCACCAGGCAUUAGCAGAACUGUUCAACAAUCCAGAACUUCAGAAAUUGGCGUACGGGAAGACCAUGGAGCGUAUCGAGGACCAAUCACCAAACCUAAGAAAUUUGGCCUUAGAUGCCCUUUCAUGGAUCGUAUGUGUCGGGAGGCCUCUGAGUAUUCGUGAAUUGCAACAUGCAUUAGCAAUACAAACGGGCAGUCAGUCUGUUGAUACGGAAGACGUUGUUGAUGCCAUAUUGAUAGUCUCUGUGUGCGCGGGGUUCGUCUCUGUGGACAUGGAGAGCGAGGUUGUUUGUCUCGCCCAUCAUACUGCGCAGGGCUUUAUAAACAAUCGUUUGGAAGAAUGGUUUCCAAAUGCUCAUCGGAGAAUCGCCGAAACCUGCGUCACAUAUCUGUCCUGUGACUGGAAUAUGAGUCAGGACUCCGCAACUAUAGUAUCACAGCAUCCCUUUUACCUCUAUGCAGCUCAAUAUUGGGACUACCAUUCUCGACUUGACCCAGUAAGUGAUGAGCUUCUACUGCCACUUCUGAUGUCAAAGGAAAAGGUGGCCUUGUAUGCACAGUACAUGCGCCUCCUGGAUAGUCGCUCUUUUGAUGUGAAGCUGGAAAAGCCACACGACAUCACCGGGCUUCAUUUGGCAGCUUACUUUGGGCUGAUCAAUAUCGCCAAAGAACUUGUCAGGAACGGCGGCAAUCUUAAUGCAAAGGAUAGCUGGGGAAGAAACGUUUUCGCGUGGGCCGCAGAAUAUGGGCGCAAGCAAUUCUUCGAGUGUUUUUACGACCAUGUUCGUUUAUGGCACCAAAAGGACAAGUUUGGUGUGACGCCGCUGCAACUGGCUUUAUUGAAUAGCCACACAGAUGUUGCAAAGAUACUUGAGAAUCGGCAUGUUGGCCCUGAACAAGAGAAAAUCACAACUCCCGAGGAUGAACUGAUGCGUACACCGUUACACAUGGCAAUUGUUGGUGGUCAUUUUGCUGUCGGGCAAGCUCUCCUAGAGAAGGGCGCCGACUCAAACAUGGUUGAUUGGUACGGACGGACCCCCUUACAUUAUGCAACCGGAAGGGGAAGAGAAGAAUUUGUGAAGCUACUCCUGGACUACGGUGUCGACAUUAAUCUCAAAGACAACAACGGUGCUACUCCUUUGAUAACGGCCGUGGCUGAAAGACAUGACUCGAUAGUUCGGCUUCUCUUGAACUACAAACCUCAGCUUGACUCACAAGACAAUUUUGGAGAAACAGCAUUGAUCUGUGCAGUCAGACGUGGCUCUGAUGAAGCGUUGAGUCUACUGCUACAAAAUGGCUCCGAUUUAAACAUCCAAUGCAGAAAGGGUAUGACUGCUUUGAUUCGUGCAGCUCUUAAUGGAGCCCAUCUGGACAUUGAAGACAAUGACGGUCAGACGGCACUGCUCUUCGCUAUGCAAUACAAUCACGAGGCAGUAACGGCUUUGCUGAUACGAAGUGGGGCAAACGUCGAGGCAGCCAUAGAUAAAGGCGGAUGGUUCCCGCUAUAUCAUGCUGUUGAUAGAUCUUGGAGUAAUAUCGUUCGUCAACUAGUAGCAAAGGGCGCAGACGUGAACCGCCAGGAUGUGGAUGGCAAAACAGCCCUGAUUUAUGGCUGUAUCUACAGUAGCAGCACUGAUUGCGCUCGUUCUCUUCUGAAAUGUAGCGCUCAGCUCGACAUUCAGGAUGACUGGGGAAGAACUGCUUUGAUGUGUGCAGCUCAAUCGUGCUACGACGAGAUGGUCAUUAUCCUCUUAGAAAGCGGCGCUGACUGGAAGGCGUUGCUGCCUUAUGAAAAAUUCCUUGAUGGGACGGAAGCGGGAAAGGAGGCAGCUCAGUCAGAUGAUGACACAGCCUGCGAAGACAAGGUGUUAUCUGGAAGUGAAUAA